AUGGCGUGCAGCGAAAGCGAACCAGAUCCACAGGCCACUACUCAGCCGAACGCACUGCGAGCUUUUCCACUUAGUCCGACCACUUCAACUGCUAUGAGUGAAACCGAUCCGUUGGCCUCUCCUACGAUGGAGCAAGGUAUGAACUCUAGUCCUAGCACUUCAGUCCCCGAUCACCAGUCUUCUGCUCUCUCUAAAAAGGCUCGUAAGGUUUUCCGCCAGCGGGUGCUCAAAGCGCGUGACCUGACGGGGCAAAGCGUCCAGGAGACGGAAAUGGAGUCAACAAUGAGUCCUCUCACCUCGGACGGUGGUCAACCUGAGGUGGUGGUUUCCGCCUCUGCAAAAUCUGUGUCGAAACUGGCUCGUCACUGGCGUCGGACUUUAUUAUCAGCUUUGUCUACCAUCUGCAGCCAUCGCCACGCUUAUGUUUUUAUGAAUCCCGUUACGGAGGACAUCGCGCCUGGAUAUAGCUCGGUUGUUUUCAAACCGGUCGAUUUGACCACCAUCCGUCGCAAAUUGGAGACGACUUUAGGCAGCUUGAGUACAACCUUACAACCGCCCACUAAUCCAACUCAGAUUCUGAUCGACGCGGCUUUUGGCCUCGUUCGGGACAUCAUGCUUAUGUUUGCGAACGCUCGGAUGUACAACAGCCAAAAUCACGAGGUGCACAAGAUGGCUCUCGACAUGUUCAAUGAUACUGUGGUUGAACUACAGCCACUGUGGUCGGUGCUCGUUGAGGACAUCCCUGGUUUUCCUCCAUUUCCGGAAUCCACACGCGAUACGCGAUCUCAUCAAUGUAGGGUGACAGUUCGCCCACCUGCUCCGAAUCCCAUUCCCUUGGCAUCUUCACCUGGUCCGCAAACCCCUCAAAGAGCAGUGGAUCCUGUGUUGUCUAAGCCACCGCUAUCAUCGUCAACACGUCAGACAAAACGACUCAUUCCUGAAACUCCUUCGACUCCAUUGCUGCUCCGAAAACGACGCCAAUCCGACGGCGACGCGCCUGUCAGUGAUGCCAACCGGUCUAAAUGA